AUGUUAAACUCAAGGUUUGACAUGAAGGAUAUGGGACUGGCUGAUGUAAUUUUAGGGAUAAAAAUUAUAAGGACGCCAGAUGGACUCAGUUUGAGUCAGUCACACUAUGUGGACAAGAUACUUGACAAAUUCGGUAAAGAUGAUUCUGGAAUUUCCAGAACACCAAUCGAUACAAGUCAGCAUCUAUCCAAGAAUAAUGGUGAAAGUAUGUCCCAAGUAGAAUAUGCUAGAGUAAUAGGAAGUCUAAUGUACUUGAUGAGUUGUACUAGACCAGACAUUGCCUAUACUAUAAGUACUUUGAGUCGAUUCACGAGUAAUCCAUGUGUUGAACACUGGAAAGCAAUUGCAAGGGUACUUGGGUACUUAAGGUAUACUCGUGACUAUGGGCUAAACUACACCAGAGAUCCAGCUGUGCUUGAAGGAUACACUGAUGCAAGUUGGACAUCUGAUAUGCAUAACUCAAAAGGUACUAGUGGAUAUGUCUCCACUCUAGGUGGUGCAGCGGUUUCAUGGAAAUCUUCGAAACAAACUGUAAUCACUAGAUCUACAAUGGAAUCUAAGUUUGUUGCUCUGGAUAAAUGUAGUGAAGAGGCAGAAUGGCUACGUAAUUUCCUAGAGGAUAUUCCAGAUUGGCCUAAACCUGUGCCUGCAAUAUGUAUAUAUUGUGAUAAUCAAGCAACAAUUGGCAGAGCAAAGAAUGUUCUAUAUAACGAUUUGGUCAAGGAUGUAAUCACCGUAAUAAUGGUGAAUAUUCUGAUUGAUAUCAUAAAUUAUGGUAAAGAUUGUGAUUGA